UCAAGCUGAGGGUUCAUUGGAUUCCUAUGUCCUGCUUGCAUGUGCUCUUGGACACUUGGGGGAUGACUGGGUGGUCAAAAUUCCUGCGCCGCUGCCAUUGGCUUUGAGUCUUUUGUAGAUCAUGGCCGCUCUCCGACUGGGGCUUAGAGGGCUUCGGCCACGCCUUGGCCUUCGCUUCAUGUCGCUGGGCCCGGAUAUGCCCAAAGCGGAGGCCGCAGGCUCCGGACUGCCACGUUGGCCCGCGGGCUGGCACGACAUGCUGCAAUACCACUUCUUCUUCGAGGACAUGUUUGUGCAGGCGCGGGUCUUCUUGACGCCCAGCUUAGAGGAGCACUCCCUCUGGAUUUUUGACCAUGCCACGCAGAAGGUCGUGGAGCUAGAGAACAGCAAGGAGCGGCUGCAGCAGUCCGAGGGGGAGCACCUGUCGGUGCAGGGCCCCAGGCUUCAGAUUUCCGAUGGCCCGGGGGGCGGCAAGCUGGCGCUCGGCAAGGACAUGGCCAUCGAGUUCAAGAAUCGGCACGUCUACUCCUGGCUGCCGGCGGGCAUGAGGGAUGAGCUGGUGAUCCAUCGGCCGGACUUGGAGCUCAGCAUGACGUAUGAUGGUCGUACUCGUGUCGGCCGCGGAUACUCGAAGCGGUACUUCGGGCAUUACGGGCCCCACUGGGGCUACCGCUUCAUCCAGAGCAGCUGGCUGGGCAGCGAUAAGUUUCUCUGGACGGCCGAUGCUACCUUCCGCCUGGGAGACGGAGAGGCCAAGUACAACUACUUCAAGCUGCUGGACGGCGCCAGCGGUGAGCUCACCCAGGCAGAUAGCCGUGACACCUACCAGCAGGAUUGCGAGGGCUUCGCCACGAUCAAUGGCACCAAGUACGUCGCCCGUGUCACGCCGCUGGGGGAGUGGCUGCAUGACUAUAAGGGCGGCGACACCAACAGUCGCAUGCAGCUCAGGUACUGCAAGCUCCACCUCUCUUGCGGUGGGGAGACAUUCGAAGGCUAUGCGCUGAACGAGCGCUGCUUCGGCGUGCUGUGAUCCGUUUCUGUGCCCUGAAAGGGCCAUUCGAGACGUCCAAAUGCGAGGCGUGACUUUUGAGGGGCAUCUUUCUGGAGGUUGGUUCCCCAUUGUUUCGUUC